UGGUGGGCAAUUGGACAUGACAAAACUUAAGAUUACAGACAUCAUCCCACGUGGCAAUUGGCAUCUCCAAGAAAAAAAAUUACCCACACAAAAACAAAGAAAAUCCCCCAACUCUUCUCCCCUGUGAUCAUUGCUGAUCAUCCUCGAGUCAUCAAUGGCGGUCUCUUCACCAUCUCCAGUUGCUUACCUUGGCAGAAUCCAACAGGCCAACUUCCUUUCCGCUACGCAGCCUCGAUUCAACCCCUUUUUUCCCGCCAAAAAACCAUUAACAAUCGUCUCCAUGGCUCCCCAAAAGAAGGUAAACAAGUUCGAUCCCGACUGGGAAAAGCAAUGGUUUGGUGCAGGGAUCUUCUACGAAGGAAGUGAAGACGUGGAAGUGGACGUGUUCAAGAACCUUGAGAAGAAAAAGGUUCUAAGCAACGUGGAAAAGGCGGGGAUUCUGUCAAAGGCAGAGGAGCUUGGGUUCACCCUUUCAUCGAUAGAGAAGCUCGGCGUUUUUUCUAAAGCCGAGGAGCUAGGACUGCUCAGCUUGUUGGAGAAGACAGCUAGUGUGUCUCCUUCCACGCUGGCUUCGGCGGCACUGCCAGCUUUAGUGGCGGCGGUGGCGGCGAUAGUAAUUAUACCUGAUGACUCGGUGGGGCUGGUGGCGGCGCAAGCGGUGUUGGCUGGGGCACUUGUGGUUGGUGCUGCUGGGUUGUUAGUGGGGUCGGUUGUAUUGGGUGGUCUACAAGAAGCUGAAUAACGUUCACUUGUUUGUUUUUUUCCUUUGAUUGUCGUUGUUUUGUUUUGGGUUUUCUAAUAAAUUUGGUGAAUGUGAUAAGGCUUGUAAGUUAGUACAGAAAGAAGAUGUAGAAUAAGGCUUUUGUUGUAGCUACUUUGUUGAUGAGGGCUUCAUGUUGGUUGAAAUGAAAGACACAUAUCAGCAUCAAGCUCAAAAUCAAAAGGCUUAUUUAUAUGUCCAGUUGGAAGCAUUUCUUAUACAA